AUGUGGCUACGGAGGCUAAGGAGAAAACUGCAUUCUCGAAAGGAAAAGGUCUUCCUUUCGAAUUCGUCGGAAUUGCUUGCUGUGGUAAAGUCCUUGCAGGAUUUUAGCAAAUGUCUUCUGGGGCGGAAAUUUCACUUACGAACGGACCAUGCUGCACUGAAAUGGCUAUUACAAUUCAAAAAUCCAGAAGCACAAGUUGCGAGAUGGAUUGAACUACUGCAGGAAUACGACUUUGUGAUCGAACAUCGCAGUGGGAAAUCUCAUGGCAAUGCAGAUGCAUUGUUAAGAAGACCUUGCCCUGAAGAUUGCAAGUAUUGUACUAGGCAAAAGGGUAAGGAAGUGGUUUCUGUGAGGAUGCUCAGGACAGACCAGCUCAACAAUGAGUGGAAGGACAGCCUACAACAUGCACAGCAGGAAGAUUCGGACCUUAAGCCGAUUCUGGAAUGA